GUUUUGAGUGUCUCUGCGCAUGUGCGUAGCUUGUUCAUUUCACUGAUCAGCAGCGCAGCAACCGCACUGCUUCUCCGACGGUUGGUCUUUGAUUGUUUAUUUGCGCCCAAAGAUGGUCAGACCACAUUUUGGACCACCACGCUUAAAGCCCAGGUAUAAUGAAGAUGAUCAUGACAUUGGACCGAAUGAUGGAAAUUACAACUCCAACACCAAAAGUAGAAGAGAUGGCCAGGGCUACCGAGGAAGCUGGAGGGAAUCCAGAGGCAGAGGACGCCCCCCAAUUGUUGGAAGAGCCCCCCUGAUGGGAGAGCAAAGAGAACCACGUUUCAAUAAUUGGAGGUCCCAGAAUCAGGAUUCUUAUCAAUCUUACUCUCCCAGAAUGGAACCACAUCACAGCCAGAGGAGGCCUUCGCCCUCCAGGCCGAACCGCUCCCCUCAUGCCCCGCAUCAGUCAGCCUCUCGUGGUCCUGCACAGGGAUCUUCUGGUCAGAGAGGCUCAACUUACCAUGGCCACCCCUCAGGUCACAGAUCCCCCUCUCCGAGACAUUAUCGCAACCACCCAGCUGACAGGAGGCCAGGGCCUGCGUCUACCUUUCAGGGGUCUUUCAGGGGCCACAAAAGGCAGUCAGGUUUCCCCCAUCAGGAGCAGCGGAGUCGAGAACCUCGUGGAGAUUACAGUCCCAGAGAAAGACCUCAUGAGUACCCAGGUCAUGGCAUGAAGCGCUGGAAUGAGGCUGGAGCUUUCUCUCAUCCACGCAAUGGAGAACACGGGCCCUCUGGGUCACAUAGGAGUCCCAGGGAGAUGCAUGGCAGGGGCUCAUGUCCAGAGAGGUGGUCAUCUGAGCAAGAGUCCAGGAGGCAACGUGGUCCAAUGGAGAGGCAGGGAAGCCGGUCCCACAGCAGAGAACGGGCACAGGAUGGCCCUCACCCAUCCUCUUUUAGAUCCCCCUCAUGGAAAGGAGGCCCACCAUCAUCCUCCUACCACAGGAGCCCUCAGGAGAGGCAAAUGGCAGGACCUCGCAAGAGGAGAAUAUCUGAUAUCAGCAUGCCCACCUCAAACCCAUCAAUGGAGCAUGGCAAUCCAAAAUAUCCCCGCAGAGAGAGACCACAGCUGCUCAGUAUUCCCAGGCCAUUUGGUGGUAAACCAUUGUCUCUUCGGGAGAAAAGUUACCUGAUUAAGAGCAGGCAGUCUCUAAUGAGGCUCAGACUUCCUCCACAUGUGAGACCGAGGCCUCGCCCUGGUGACCCUGCUUCACAGGGGAGUGUGAACUCUCUUUUUGCCCUCAGAAAGAAACGUUUCCAGUCAAAUGCAGUUCCCCUGAGAAAGCUUGAACCAAGGAGGGCAAAACCACAGUCAUCCCCCAAAGAAGAGAGCAGUGCCAGCAAGUCGUCAAGAGACUCUGAUGCAAGCAAAGAACAGGUGGAGUCUCGUCGGUCCUUGAACACUCACAGAUCUUCUCCUAUUGAGAAACGUGACCUUGUUGUUUUGUCUCACUGGCCGCCGGGGCCGAGCUCCUCAAAGGACGGCUCGCCUCCAAAAUCUCGCAGCCCAGAUCCAAAGGAUGACUCUCCUGAUGGCCGACUCACCAAGUCUAGUGAAACAAGUGACUCAGUGGAACGUAAACGAGGCUAUUUGGACAAGAGGGUGUUUAGACCAUUUAAUUCAAUGCAGGACAGCGGGCGGCGUGGUAGGCCCUUCAGGAGGCCAGGGCCAGGACCCAUGCAAAGACCGAAGUUUCCUGGUGGUCCAAGGAAGACUGGUCCUGAACUAUCUGGAAAUAUCAGAAGACCUCUCAUGGAGAGCUUUGUGCCACGUCCCUUCCCAAACCAGAGGCCGGUGUUCAGAAAAAGCCACACAAUCAUGUCCAAGUAUCGCAACAUGAGAAUAAUGCGUCAGCGUGCACCUUACAACCGAGGGCCAAACCAACAGCGAUGGUAAAGACCUCUGGUCCCAGGACACAUGAAACAGAGAAAAUCCCUUCAAGAUCAUCUCUGCUGAGUGGAUUGCACAACCUCCCCUACUCAAUACAACCCCUAUCCUUCUGUUUAUGGUCAAAGUGUUCUUGCUUGCAUUUGUUCUUUUGUACUAGUCUUUGAGUUGACACAUGGAAGUACCAUGGUACUGAAGUUUUAAAGGAUUUAUAACAUAUGCCAUUAGGACAACUACUACUGCUUUGUUUACAGGGUUAACUUGUUUGGAAAUUGCUGCUUGUGAUUGGCAAUCUUUGUAUUUCUGAACUAGUUUUAUUUUUGUUUUCAUGCAGUGACCAAUUUCAGGUCAUUAGUCCAAGAAAUAUUAAAAUCUCUGCUUUGUUGCCCAUUAAGACUUACCACAUGAGAUGUGCCGUUUAGUUAUGGGUCUUUUUGAUUAGAAACUGCUGCUUGUCAUCAAAACUUGAAAAGCUUGUAUGAACAAGUUUUCAUGUUUUUUGAGAUUUGAAAUAAAUGUAACUUCUUUUUGAA